GCUCUGUAAUGCUUAUCGAAUUUGAAAAUCCGAGCUGCACCCAAAGGCGUCAUGCACACAGCCCUGCUGUCGGACCCCCUGAAGCCUGAGAGCAACAAGCUACUGGACAACACGCCCCUGCUGCAGCGAAACACACUGUGAAUUAACGGGAAACACAACAAAAAGAGGCUAUCUAUCUUCACUAAACCCUGGUGUGGAUUGAACUGAAGGAAGAUGACGGCAGUUUAUAAAGAUGAAGAGGCGGACUGGCUGACUGUGUGUCUCAAGUACCUGCUCUUUGUUUUCAACUUUCUCUUCUGGGUGGGAGGAGUAGCUGUUUUAGGUGUGGGAGUCUGGACUCUGGUGGAGAAGAGUGAUUAUUUGAGUCUGCUGGCCUCCAGCACUUUUGCUGUCUCGGCAUAUAUCCUCAUUCUGGCCGGCAGCAUGGUGGUGGUAACCGGCUUCCUGGGCUGCUGUGCCGUCAUCCGGGAGCAGAAGAGCUGUCUGUCCAUGUAUUUCUUCUGCCUGCUGGUGAUCUUCUUGAUUGAACUGGUGGCUGGAGUACUGGCUUAUGUCUACUACCAGAGGCUGAGUGAGGAGCUGAAGCAGCAUCUCAACCAGACUAUGACAGAUAACUACGCCCAGCCAGGACGGGAGGCUAUCACUUUGGCUGUGGACAGUCUACAACAGGACUUCAAGUGCUGCGGCAGCAACAACUCCAGUGAUUGGAUGGUGAGUGUGUACGUUUCAUCAAAGCAGGCCGAGGACAGGCUGGUGCCCGACAGCUGCUGCAAGACUAUCACCCCCCACUGUGGCAACAGAGACCACCCCUCCAACAUCUACAAGGUGGAGGGGGGUUGCAUCACGAAGCUGGAGCAGUUUCUGGCCAAUCACCUGCUGGUCAUCGGCGCUGUGGGAAUAGGAGUGGCUUGUCUGCAGCUGGCCGGGGCAGUGUUGACCGCCUGCUUUAUCUAUCUGCUCUAUAAAGAAGAGGAGGAGGACUUGUGAUUUAGCUCCAGGGCAACUUUGUGCUUUAAUCAACCGGAGAGACAAGGUCUGUGGCAUGGUGUUCACCAGCUGCUUAUACAGAAGGAUCAAGAUGGAACCUUACUGAGCACACCAGACCCACAACACACCAGACCCCCAACACACCAGACCCCCAACACACCAUCUUCAGCAGGAAGACCACCAACCAAAACCUCCAAAUCUUGAACUCUGACAUAGCGAUCUAAGCCAAGUGAUAGACACUUGCCACUGACCAAAGGGGCUGCUUAUUGUUCCGAUCCAGGAUUAUACAUGACUGAAACCUGAUUUGAUGUCGGCCAGCUGGAACAACACGUCUGUUUGCAUCACUUCCUUGGCUUACAUGCACGGGACAUGCUUACUAUAGGGCUGUUCUUGACUAAAGGACUUAUUUGCUGACUUCAGACAAAUCCAUUUGUUGAUUUGAUUUGCAAACUGUUUAUCCAAAAAUAAUUAUGCAUAACACUUAAUCAGUUUGCCUGAGAUGUGCUUCUUGAAAAAAAGGGGGGAAAAAUAUGAAUCAACUACAGAAAUCCUUGUUGACAAAGACCAAAGCAAUACAUUAGAAUAUUAAAAGAAGCCAGCCUUAAUACUAACUCUCAAUACAUUCUGCUCUGUUGAACUAAUGAUGAGCUAAAAUGAGUUAUGUUUUCACUGCGCAGAGAUUUAUAUAAUAUCAGUGUUAUUAUGCGGAGUAAUGGCACUGUUUACCCUGGUGUCACUGCUUAGGAAGAAAGGGAAUUUCUGGUUGUGUAUUCUGUAAACACAAUGUGCCUCUUUCACAAGUCUGAUGGUAAAUGAUUGUUAAUAAUGAUGUGCCUGAAAUAUUAAAGGGAUUCGACAAUGCACUGUGAUAAACGGCAGCAAAUUAAAA